GGCAGCACAGAAGCUUGGAAAAAAGAAGAAACGUCAGCAUUCACAGGAUCAAGAGCCACAACCCACAUAUCCCACAAAUUUUGCUGAGAUCAUCCGACUUUCUCCCCCACCCGCCCCGCCAUGUUUGCUGAGGACUGUGGGUCGCCUGCAGAACCCGGGGAUGGGGAAG